GGUAGACUUAACAGGUAUAGAGUCAUACCCAUAACAACUAACCUAACCUAGAGCAGUCCCAUAAACCUAAUGCUACCAGGCGUGAAUUAAUACAUAAGUACCUUACAUAUCUAUCAAGGUCAUUUACCUAAUGGAUUGGGUCCAAAUAACACCGGCUUCCAGGGAUUUACCGAAUAUUCUCCCGCGCUACCAAAACCCUUCUCAAUAUCCUUGCCAUAAUCAUCCUUUUACAAUGCCAAGAAGUCGUAAUUUACUUCAGUCCAAGAUGCAUUAGGAUAGACCGCCGCUUACGUAUGGCUGGGGUCCCCAGAGUCUCCCCACGCUCUCUGGGUAAGUCGGCAUGGAGAAAUAAGAGUCGGGACGCAACCACGUGUGCCGAGAUAACGGACUCAGUAGUGCACCGUGUAUAGGCCGAUGGAAGGGCCGAUAGACCUGAUUCAGUAUCGGCUGGCCAUAGUUUUGAUCCUAUGACCCGUUCGUGAUGUUUUCGGGCGUGGUUCGCCGCAAAUCUCUAUUUCUCCGUUGCCGCCAUACGAGCUGUAGCGGCUUCAUAAAUAGGAGGGAGACUCGAAGAAACAAGCUAUGAAUCUCUAAGCUAGGAGCCGAGUCACCGCUUUAGAAUCAAGCACCUCUUAAUAUCACGAAGCACAAUGGGCUCUCGUUUACUUGCCUUAUUGGCAUUGUCGGCCUGGCCUCUCAAUGGCUUCUGCUUCAGCUAUGCGACCGGCAAUGAUUCAGGUGUCCCAGCCUAUAGAGACUCUUCUCUAUGUGUCAACGAUAGGGUUGAAGAUCUCCUUCGGCGGAUGACCGUGGAGGAGAAAGCUGGUCAAAUGUUCCAUACGAUGCUGUACAUGGGUCCUAACGGCACGCUAGAUGAAGGGAGUGAAGCUGCCUUCCGGAAUAGUACCGACUUCAUGAUCGGGGACCAAUUCCUAACGCACUUUAACCUCGUUGGCGAUAUCACCGAUACGAAGCAGACAGCUGAGUUCCACAAUCGCGUCCAACAACGAGCUCGAGAGACGCGCCUUGGCAUUCCUAUAACACUAUCCUCUGAUCCUCGACACCACUUUACUGAGAAUAUCGGAACUGGCUUCAAAGCAGGUCGCUUCUCUCAGUGGCCCGAGACUCUCGGACUCGCUGCAAUUCGAGAUGUCGAUUUGGUUCGGAAAUUCGCUGAGAUCGCUCGCGAAGAAUAUAUGGCUGUUGGCCUACGUGCUGCGCUUCACCCGCAAGUGGACCUGUCGACGGAGCCGCGGUGGGCACGAAUCUCUGGCACAUUUGGCGAAGAUUCAAACCUAACCUCUCAACUCCUUACGGCAUAUAUCAAAGGCUUCCAAGGCGAAAAGUUCGGUCCCACUUCCGUGAGUACCGUGACGAAGCAUUUCCCUGGCGGAGGUCCGAUGCAAAACGGUGAAGACAGCCAUUUCACCUACGGCAAGAACGAGACUUACCCUGGGAAUAACAUGGAGCACCAUCUUAUCCCUUUCAAGGCAGCUAUUGCUGCGGGCGCCCGCCAGAUGAUGCCGUACUAUAGCCGUCCGAUUGGCACUCAGUACGAGCCUGUGGGGUUUUCGUUUAACAAGGAGAUUGUCACAGACCUUCUGCGUAACGAGCUCGGAUUCGAGGGCGUUGUGCUAACCGACUGGGGUUUGAUUACUGAUACAUACAUCGCUGGCCAAUACAUGCCUGCUCGAGCAUGGGGAGUAGAGGGUUUAUCAGAGCUAGAGCGAGCAACGCGCAUUCUCCAAGCUGGGUGCGACCAAUUCGGCGGCGAAACCCGGCCUGAGCUGAUCGUGCAGUUGGUCCGCGAGGGCGUAAUAAGCGAAGAACGUCUCGACGUCUCUGUGCGAAAGCUGCUACGCGAAAAGUUUAUCCUAGGACUUUUUGAUAACCCAUUCGUCGACCCGGAUGCUGCCGUUCGAAUUGUUGGGAAUGAUUAUUUCACGCGCUUAGGCAAUGAGGCCCAACGUCGCUCGUAUACGUUGCUUACCAACAAGAACGAGACUUUACCACUCCGUAACGCUGGGCCGGAGACUAAAUUCUAUAUUGAAGGUUUCAAUGCGACUUUUCUACAAAAUCGUACUUAUACGGUAGUGGAUAAACCCGAGGAUGCUGAUUACGCUCUUCUACGGUUAGCAGCUCCUUACCAGCCACGACCGGGAGGGUUCGAGGCUGGAUACCACGCCGGAUCCCUUGAGUUCUCGGCCGAAGAACGGGCGCGCCAAGAGGCUAUUUACUCGACAGUGCCGACUAUUGUCGACAUGAUGUUAGAUCGACCGGCCGCAGUGCCUGAAGUUGCAGAUCAAUCGGUGGCAAUGCUCGCUAGCUUUGGAACUAGCCCUGAGGCGUUCCUUGAUAUCAUAUUCGGUGUUGCUGAGCCUGAAGGCAAAUUGCCGUAUGACUUACCGCGUUCGGAUGCAGCUGUCGAAGCGAAUAUGGAAGAUGUGCCAUUCGAUACCAGAGACCCGGUGUUCAAAUUUGGACAUGGGCUAGGAUACGCGGAUCGGUGUGGGAAGACAGGAUGAGACACCGAAUGACUGGAUAACCAGUAGAUUGACGAUUCUAAUGCCAGAAAAGAAGUCUAAUGAGAAACUCUGGUUAAUAGAUAAUUAAGUAAUAAUAUUCAAAGAAAUAAACAUAUAUGUUUCCCUUCCCA